AUGGAACGCCCGAAUUCCUUGUCAGACAAGCCCGUUCCGGCAGUCGGGCUUCUGGCUGCUUGUUUUUUUGUCGCGUGUCUGAGCGGGUUAUCGAGCGCUAAUGCCGCGGGAACAAUACAAGCUGCAUGCACUCACGAGAAUCAGAUGACCACUUGUGUCUGCUCAGACAAUUCGAUUGAUCACAAGGAAGCACGCGGUUCAACGGACACUCCAACUUUGUCAGAGUCGAGUAACGGAAUCACGAUAGAGUGUCCUGGUCCUCCAUCGAAAUACGAGUUUGUGCCCGAGAAUGUGUCGGACGUAUGCGUUGCAACAACACAAACAAAUGAGACCCUGCAGUCGUGUAAAUCCGUUGAGGGAACUUCCAUUGAAAAUUUCCUGAUUCAACCCACCCAGGGCAACGUCCCCGCAUGGACCACGCCGACUACCCCAACCAGCAAUCAUGGUCACUCCCUAGUCCUUCCCCAAGAGGCUUUCCCGUUGAUCGACAAAAGCUUCUUCGCCGGCUGCCUAAAAAAAGAAACCAACAACGACGAGUGCGUGGUGAAAGUAAGCGUCAAGGCCAGGACCUCGUCUGUGAAUGACGGUGUCCUCACUUGUGCCUACGGCAAAGAGAGCAACUCAUCUGUUCCAGAAGUAACACUGAAUUCCGAGAACAACUCGCUGACUAUCCAGUGCGGUAGUGAGGGACAUAUGGAGCCGACUCAGCAAUCCUUGACUGCCUACCACUGCGCCGGCUCCAACACAACUGACUGCAAGAAGGUGAACCUGACUGAGAUCAUGCCGACCUUCACAUCCAGCUGGUGGACAACGGAUGAGCAGAGCAGUAGGGCACCCAAACUGGUGAUUCCGGAAGAUGGGUUUCCUGCUCAGGAAGAAGCGAUUGUGUUGGGUUGCAACCAAAACAACAACGUUGCCUCGAGGGAUGAGGAGGUUGAUGGAACCACAGCUGCAACGCUGCCGACAUGCAGAGUGAAGGUGACACUCAGUGCCCAGACCUCAGGUUCACAGGCCCCAAAAGUUUCCUUCCUCGGAUUGUUCGUGUUGGCUUCCAUUCCCUCUGUCAUGGGCGCAUGCUGA